CAAAUCAAACUCUCAGUCAGCGCCCGGCGGAGAGGGAAGGAGAGGCGAGCGGCGGAGAGGCGGAUGCUGAACACCCAGAGCGUCCCCAAGACACAGUUGCAUUUCUCUUCCUGAAGCACAUUCUUCCCUGCUGGAUUCUGGUCAGAAGGGGAAACCAUGAGGGCUCUUUCAGCAAACUUGUUCGCGGUGCUCUUAAUGUGCGCCCUUUCAAGUGUUUUUUACGUGUGGAGCGCCCUGGAGAACCGCUUGGAGCGACACAAACGGGGCUUCUCGGUACCGGGCGGGGGGUCCUUUCAUCAAGGUCCUUCAGAGGACCUUUCUGCCAAAACUUUCCGAGCGUUGCUUGCCGUUCCAGCUGCACAAAGACAGAACUCGGGGACGAGAUCGAAGGCUCAAAACCUCACCAACACAUCUGCCUUUGUGGGAAGUCGGGAUUAUCAUGUGAAUGGGGAUAAAGAGAGGUCAGAGCAACGGGAGGGUCCGGUCAAGAUAGGGUCCCCGCUGGAUGAUGGGAUAUUCUGGAGCGACUGGCUGGAAGACCUCCUUCCCGUGAGAUUCACCGAGAGAUACGCCGAGGCUUGGAGGAACAAGGCAAGGACGUCGCCGGUGGUGAAGCUCGAGUCUGGAUGCGGCAGGAUAUCCAAUCAGCUGGCCACGUUUGCCGACGGGUCUAAGGCUUGUGUGCGCUACGGGAUCAACGCGGACCAGGUGCAGGGAGAAACCCUGACAUACUACCUGGCCAGUUUGCUUGGCAUCACCAACCUGCCCCCGCUCGCACUGUCACAGCUCAACAGCGACGGCGCGCAAUGGGCAGGCGUGCGGACGCGGAUACACGUUUUACAGUGGAGCGAUCGAGCUGUCGUGUCCCUCACAGAGUGGAUCUCCAACCUCACCGGAGUGGUCACACCUGCGCCCCUUAGGCAAGAAAGCGGCGGACUGCACCCUGCGCUCGCGUGGCUGCAGAACAAAACUACGGCGGAGCUGCUGGAGCUGAUGCAGUGGAGCGACCUGAUCGCGUUCGACUACCUGACCGCCAACUUCGACCGACUCGUCAGCAAUCUGUUCAGCCUGCAGUGGGACCCGCAUGUGAUGGAAAGGGACACGAACAACCUGCUGAAAACGCCCCACGGGGACCUGGUGUUCAUAGACAACGAGGCCGGACUGGUGCACGGCUUUCGGGUGUUGAACUUGUGGGAGAAAUACCACCAUUCAGUCCUGAGCUCCGUGUGCGUGUUUAGGAAAAGGACCACGCAGCGCGUGGCGGAGCUGCACAGGCGCAGAGACGCCAGGCGGAGGCUGCUGGAGCUCUACAGAGACAGCGAGCCUUUGUCUCAGGAACUAGGGUUUCUCUCAGACGAGCACGCCGCUGUUCUCCAGGACAGGAUAGACAGUUUGCACAAACACAUCCUGCGUUGCAAAGAAAAAUACAGCCAGCUGUGAACAGCCAGUGCGCACAGGUGACAGAAGUAUGGCAAGCCAUUGAUGCCAAAUAUAGGUGGUUAACCAACAUUUGGGACACAAUAGAAGGUUGAAGCCCCUGCCAGAAAACUGUAUUUGUGUGGCUUUUUGAAUGACGUAUUUUAUACGAUCUUUUCAGGUAAUUGUUUUUUAUGUCAGGAAGCUGAUCUUAACGAAGUUGCCCCUCUCCCCCUACAUUCUUCAAGUUUAACAAAAACGGCGUCAAAGGUUUACGCUACUUUAGUGUUGGCUUGUGCUGCAGGAAAAAAAAAAAUCAAGUUUGUGAAGAUAUGUCAACGAUAUUAAGAAAUGUUUACAGAGGUCAACAGAUGUCAAGAAGACCUGAAAACAUUAUUUAAAUCAAUGAAAGUCGGUGCUGUUUGUGCUGCAAAAAUUUUAAUUUGUGCUGCUUUUGUUUUAAUUAAAGACAAUGGCAUUCAUUAAUAUAUGUAUAACAGAAGCAACUGCUGUAGUUGAAGGCACAAGUGGGGGGAAAAGUGACAUUCAGUGCAGAUACAAAGGCUGCCUUUUUAUCAUCAUCAUCAUCAUCAUCAUCAUCAUUUAAUACAUAGCUGUGUGGCAGGGGGGAAAAAAGUUGUUUAAUGACCAGAGAGAUCUUUUUUUUUUUUUUUAAUACUCACUAAUACAGUUUCAUUGUGCAACUUGACAAAAAGGCACUCAACGACAUGUGAAAUAUGGUGUUCUGGUGGGGGUUCUGACAACUUUUACGGUGUCUUGAUAUUAAAAUGUUAAUAAUUUCUUUACCCAAGAGGUGGAGAACGGUAAGCCAUUGUUUGGUACUAAUGGAAUGCCAUAGCUUGCUGUUUGCACGUUAUGAUGAGCUUUGCAAAAUUGAUGCCUGUUACACAAAACUGAUUUGAACAUCCAACUGAACUACCUCUUGUGAAUAGAAUGUGUUGCCUACUUUAAAUGUAAGUCGAUUUUGAAAAACGCUCAUAAGCUGUCCCGCUGAGCGUUAUAUGCCUCCCAGAGAGGAGAUAAUAUGGCAAAUUUAAGUUAUUUAAUUUUCUUGGUACACCAAACAUUUGCUCACCUGAAUAUGGUCAAAUGUAAAGGGUAUAUUGCUGUAGACCUGUUUGUACUUAGGGUACCAUAAUACAGUCCUUAAAGAGAUAGCUCAUAAUAUUUACAGCGAUGUUCUGUUAAAAGCUUCUUAGCAGUUAAUAUCUUAGAUGUAUUAAAUACCUUUUAUGGUGUCUUCAAUUAACAAAUAUAAGGUUAAUGGAUCCUCACAGAGGAACCAAGAUCAUAGUCAACUAACAUUUCUGAAAAACCCUUUCUCAGAAAUAUCAUGGUAGUUUAUGUAAACUCCCUUUUAUGAACAUUUAAAUCACCAUUAUGUCUGUAUAAGACAAUUAUUAAGAUGAAAGCUAACAAUUCCAUACACUUGAAAUGGAGCUAGGAGGUAGUGGGAUCUUCCCUGUGAAACGUGUGCUGAGAAAAGAGCAGGUUACUGUCAGACAUGUUUUCCUGUCCGAGUAACUAUUUCUCAAUUUAAACAAUUUUACGACCGUAUUAGUCCACUUUUGUUUUUGGCCCCUCUCUGACUUUUUAAAAUAAAAUAAAAAAAUAACUGUGACUCUAUAAGAGUUUCAUACUGCAGAUAAGAUACCAGCUGCUCAUAACCUUUUACCAGAACCUUCCUGAAAAAAAGUCCGAACUAUCCCUUUAAUGUGUGUUUGAAUUCUUGCCUUGUGUUCAAAUAUCCAAGUGACAUACGCCUACUCCUAAGCCUUAACCUGUGUUGAUACUUCUUCAGUAGUGUAUUUCUGUUGAAAUCUAGCUCGCUCUUUAUAGACGGUAAUUUGCACACACUGUAAUAGACAGCACCUGCACUCUUGUCAAUGUGUUUUAAAUAUUCAGCCUUAAAAGUCACAGGUGUGUCAUAUCUAUCGUGCAUUUGCUAUGUAUGUUGAUAAUAUUGUCUGGCAACAACUUUUGAUGCUAAGCGGAUUUAAUGUGCAUUGUAACAUUCCAAAAUCUUGUCCUUUUUUUUGGGGGGGGGGGGAAUACACUAAACUUAUUUUACACUGUGUGUUUUGUACACAGAAUGUAUCCAAAGGCAUUAAAAUCAGUGUUCAGAGUUUAAGCCUCUUUAGUCUGUGUAUUUUCCCACUCGUUUUGCACUGUACUGGUAUCGCGCUGUUUCUCAAAAGCUUGACUGUCGGCCACAGGCGUGCCACAACAUGAAUCUCUCUCUGAUCCCCCCCCCCCCCCCCCCACCCCUUUUUUAAUCUCAAAUGGAGUGAUGAACUGAAACAGACAACUGACUCUGGAACAUUUUUUAUUUUCUAAAUAAAUUGUUUUAGUGCUCCCUAA